ACAUCAAAUCUGGGGAUGCGGCUGGGUUCGCACCCUGUCCUCUGUGCGGGCAACGCAUUCGCGAAGCUCUCCUAUCUCAGAAUGGCACAAGGGGGCCAUGGAUGCCGGCACGUCAGCAGAUCCUCCUGUGCGAAAUGCACCGGUUAGAAGAUGCUCAUCGCAUGUAGGCUGAACGCGGGUAUCCAAUGAUUGACUGAGCUACACUGGACAAGCAUCUUGAGCGACACCAUGAACCCCUCAGACAGCGGCUAGAUGUCAACCUCCAAACAACCCUCCAGGGAAACGCGCCAGAGACUACUGAAAAGCAUUGCAACUGCUGGGGAUGGGGGGGUCAGCCCUUGAUGACUGGGUAUUAUGGACUUCAUGGGUUUGAUAUUCUGCUCGAGCACAUUAUGUGUGAAUUUGGCCCUGAGGUCCAGCGCGUUGCUGCCGCGCGGCCGCCAAGACCAUACAGUGGUAUGGUAUAUGCACGGGAGGAGCUAGUUCCCAUCUUGCUCCUCAUGUUAAUGCAGGAGGAUCUUAUGAUUGGGAAGGAAAAAGCUUUCCAGGUUCUGGAAGAGAGCACAGAGAUUGGUAGGUUGAUGGAUGGUGAAACAAUCUCUAUGCAGUAGAUACACAAAUAAGGAGAGCUAUGCACAUUGAAAGCUUCCUUAGUAGGUGCAAGUGAUAUGCCCCGGAAAAGGAGCAGAACAAAGUGACAAUGUACUUUACCAAAGACUCUUCAUCAAACCACACCUGCCUGUUCUC